GCCGGAUCGCUUUCCAAACUAGUUCUACCCACCCGGCUGUCGGUCUCCGUCUCCACCUCCACCUCCUCAAUCCUCUUUUUAAUCCCUCUCCCGAGUCGCCUUGGAUCCUCGAGCGAGUAAUCCCACGAACUCUCGCUGGGUAGAUUAGGGUUCCUGCUCAGAUCUAGGCGUCCUGCGGCCGAGGCCGUACGCUCACCCCACCUUCCCGUUGGCGGCCGCCCCGGCUGAUCGACGCAUCCGUGGGCCUCCUCCUUCCCAGCUCUGCCGCAACCACCAGGUGCCGUACGACCCAGUGCUCAGCCGCCUCAAUCCGCUGCAUCUGCUUCCGUUUAUAGGAAGAAGAAAAUUAUUAAGAGGGUCUUGGACAUUGGCCAGCCGAAGGCGGACAUCGCCUCAUUGAUUUUCACGCCAGCAAGGGAUAGCAGCUCUUGCCACUCUCCGACAAAUGAACCCCUUUUAGAAGAAGAGUUUGCCACGUCGAAGCAAAUGAUGAAUGACAGCAUAAGCAAGCCAGAUGGCGUUGAGCCUGCCAACUAUUAUGUCGAUGCAAAUCCAAGGAUGGUCAAAUUAAUUCCUCCUGCUAGCCGCAGCAAGAGCACUUCAGAAGAAAGUACAUGGACACAAGAGAAGACGGUAAACAUCCCAAUCCCAGCUACAGAAGAGAAGAAGGUUCUAACUGACCACAAACAAGAACAGGGACCAGAGGAAUUACAAAACCUCCUUGAUCUGGACCAAGAGUCCAUCAUGAUGAAGACCAGAUUUCUCAUUUCCAAGUUGAACACUGCUAAUGUACUAGUAUUUCCUUCUACGUGUGAUGAAAAGCAGCAGGUUGAGGUCUACCAGCGGCUCUCCCGGUACUACAUUGAAGCCCUCAAGUUGUCCUCUCUCAAAAAGGAACUGGAUGAUGCACAAAGUAACAAGGAUUUGGACCCUCUGCAUGUAUAUGAAAAUAUUUUCCUUAAGUAUGUCGAAAAGGAUCCUGAAUGGUACUUCCAUCCUGAACAAUGCAAGCUUGCUGGCUUGGACGACUACCAGCGGCUAGUGCUUCGUGAUGAUCCAAUGUACGGAGAUUGGGAUGAGUACCGCCUGACUUACCAUACCUACCGUGGAGAUCUAGAAUAUGUCAAGUUCCGUGAGGAGAUAUCAGCGAAAAUUAAGUGGAUUGAAGAUGAAGCAGCACUCUUGGGGGAUCAGCGGAUGAAAAAUGAGCUAGUGGCUCUCUUCCAAUCAUUGAAGAUUGCACUGCAGUUUCGUAAUAUUCCUGGACGUUCAGUUAUGUCUGGCUUCAGAGAGCAUAUAAAUAACCUUCGGUUCGACUUCAAAGACAGGAAGGACUUGGUCGGUCUCUAUCUUGAGUUAUGGAGAAGGGUUGCUAAGAAUAAGGUGAAUUUCGGUGAGGCUUUGAGGCAAUUGUAUAAAGAGGACAUUUUCCCCUCCCGCAAGGGUUUGAUCAAAUUUGCGCUGGAUAGCUGUCCAGACACCAGUUUGAUAAAAUAUAACUAUGAUACCUACGUGGAUGGCAUUAAUGAGAAGCUUCCGGAAGACAAAGCUCAUCCCUUGAUCACAGAGGCCGUUAAGAAAAUGUUUAAGAAAAGGAAGAACUAUUUGGAUUACACCAGAAAGAAGUUGGAAAUCGCAGCACGCAUUGGAUUGAUUCCCACAACAGCCUAGAGGUUACUGCACAACGCGAGGAAAACCACGGUGAAGCAAAGGGUGCAAGAGUGAGCCGAGGGAAGCUAUGGCGUGAGCGAAGAAUGGUCUCUGGUGCUGAUUCCACCCUGCGCCCUGUCCCAUGAGCCGCAAGAGUGAGCUGAGGGAAGUUAUGCCAUGAGCUAAGAAUGGGUGGUUUCCGGUGCUGAUUAUAUCCUCCUCUCCGCCCCAAUGAGCUGCUGGCUCUUUUAUGAUGUCAUCGUCAUGUAAUAGCUUAGAUUUUUUGGAGCGUAGAACUUACUAGAAGCACAGGCGCCCGAUGCUGCGCCCGGUUCCACAAUACUAAUGUAUCACUAUGGUUCUAUAUAGUCCAAUAUUCUUUCCA